AAUGGAUUCCAUCAACACCAAUGAUACAAUAUCAAAUCCCAAUGAUAACCUCAAGAUACCCGAUUGGAUAUACAACGAAAGUCUGUUUCUCGAUAUUUUGAAAGAAAAUAUUCCAGAAUUUUCAAACAUACUCAAAUUCACUCCUCUAGCAGCUAUUGGACCUGGAGAAAAUUACACCUCAACAAUGAUUCGCAUUCACAUUCAUGUUCAACUUAAGGAUGGCAAAAUUAUCAAAACCUCAUACAUCGCCAAGACAGCUAUAGAAAGUGAUCUAACUCAAGAAAUGGUCAAUGCUCUAAAUGUGUUUCCAAAGGAAAGAGAAAUGUAUGAGAAAAUUCUACCGAAAUAUGAGGAAUUAUUUGCCGAAGCCGGUAUUGAAGCGGUUCGAUUUGGUCCAAGUUGUAAAUUUAUCAAAGAUCCUGGAUCUGACAAUAUAGCAAUGAUCAUGGAAGAUUUGAAAUUGAGAAAUUUUUCAAAUGUCGAUCGUUUUGAAGGUUUAGAUAUGGAUCAUAUGAUUUGUGCGUUGAAAAAAUUGGCUGAAUUCCAUGCUGCUUCAGCGGUUUAUAAUGAACGUUUCGGACCGUUUUCGGAUAUUUUACGAAAUACUUUAAAUACAGAAGAUAAGAGGGAUAUGUUUAAGCAAUUUGGAGCUGGAUUAGACAAGGCAUUUAUUGAAAUUAUACCCGAAUGGGGUGAAUGUGAAAAAUACAUUCCAAUUUGGCCUGAUGCUGAUAAACUCUUUGAUUGGUUUCUUAAAGCAACAGUUGCUGAUCCAACUGAAUUUAAUGUUUUAAAUCAUGGAGAUUGUUGGUCAAAUAACAUAAUGUUUCAACAUGAUCAAAAUGGUCAAGUAACAGAAACAUAUUUCAUUGACUAUCAAAUCACACAAUGGGGAACACCAGCUGAAGAUAUUUACUUUCUUAUAACAGUUUCAGCACAAUUUGAUUUGAAAAUCAAAGAAUUUGAUAGAUUUUUGAAAAUCUAUCAGGAACAUUUGGCAAAGACUUUAAAACUUUUAAACUAUCAAUCACCAAUACCAAGUUUAAAGGAUAUUCAUAUGAUAAUGAUUAAAUAUUCAUUGUGGAGUUUUUACAGUGCAACAUCAUUUUUGUCAUUAAUAUUGUCAAAACCAGAUGAAAAUGCAAGUGUGGAUAAUUUGACAGUUGAUACCGAAGAAGGAAAAGCAUUUCGACGUCAAAUUUUGACAAAUCCAAAAUAUGUAAAAGCAAUGAAAGAAUUUUUACCGUGGUGGGAGAAUCGGGGAGUUUUUGAAAUUGACACAAAAAUGGCGCCCGGUUGCAAAACAGAAACUGCCAUUGUCAAUCCAAACGCAAAUCUAAUCAUCCCCAAUUGGAUCAAUGAAGAACUAUUUGAAAAGAUCGUCAAGAAAGAUUUUCCAAAUUUUUCCAAAAUUUUGAAUUUCACUGCAACGGCAGCUCUUGGUGUUGGAGAAAAUUAUGCAUCAAGGAUCAUACGAACACAUAUUGAUAUUCAAUUGAAAGAUGGCAGCACUGUCCAAACAUCGUAUGUCAUCAAAACCGGAGCCGAAAGUGAAUCCACACGAACUUAUGUCGAUUCGAUUUAUGGAUUCCCUAAAGAUCGAGAGAUUUUGGAAGAUAUUUAUCCAAAAUUCACACAACUCUAUGCAAAAGUUGGUAAGAAAAUACAAUUUGGUCCAAAUUGUAAAUAUGUUCUCGAGACUCCUGGCUAUAUGUCACUUGUUAUGGAUGAUCUACGAAGAUUGAACUUCACGAAUGUAAAUCGUUUGGAGGGUAUGGAUAUGGAACAUAUGAAAUGUGUGUUGGUAAAGUUAGGCGCCUUGCAUGCAGCUUCAGCAGUUUAUUAUGAACGUUUUGGACCGUUUUCGGAAAAUUUAAAUCACAGUUUAUUUAUAGAAAAAUAUAGAGACACUUUUAAGAGUUUUGGAUCUGGAUCGGCGACAAUGUUUCAGAAUAUUUUACCCAAAUGGGGUGGUUGUGAGAAAUAUAUUUCUAUGUGGCCAAAUCCAGAUAAACUUUUCGAUUGGUAUAAAAAAGCAACAACUCCCGAUCCUAAUGAAUUCAAUGUUCUAAAUCAUGGAGAUUGUUGGGUCAAUAAUAUCAUGUUUGAGCAUAAUAAAAAUGGCAAUGUAACUGAUACAUAUUUUAUUGACUAUCAACUAACUUGCUAUGGAAAUCCAGCUCAAGAUUUGUACUACUUUAUCACAGCUUCAGCUAGUUACGAUUUGCGUGUUAAAGAAUUUGAUUAUUUUCUACGGGUCUAUCAUGAAAGUUUGGUUGAAAAUCUUAAACUAUUGAACUAUCAAAAUUUUAUUCCAACUUUAAAGGACAUUCAUUAUUACAUGAUCAAGUAUUCUUUGUGGAGUUUUUGGGUUGGAACAUCAAUUAUGACUGUCGUUUUGGCUGAUGGUAACGCUGGCAAAGGUGACAUGGAAAGCUUAAUGGUCGAAAGCGAAGAAAAUAAUCAACUUAAAAUGAAUCCACGUUAUGUGAAAUUUAUGAAACAACUCUUGCCAUGGUGGGAAAAUAGAGGAAUGUUUGAAUUUUAAAUACAAUUUUUAUAAUUUGAUUUAUAUCAAUAAAAUAAAGUGUAUAACUGUAUACGAAUAUUAAACUAAUUUGUGCUGUAUG